CCAAACAUCAGUCCAACACUCUUCCCCUUCUUCGUUGACCCGCCGUCGUUCCCUCGUCCUUUUCACACCCAAAUUCCCUUCACCGAUCCCAACGAAGAAAAGCCAAAACGUGAAAAUUUCAAAAGUUCUAACUCGAUCAAAAUCACCCGACGGCCAAAAAUCUCUCUCUCUCUCUCUCUAUGUUCAUCAAGAUCCCGUCGAAACCCUCCCACUACCUCGCUCCGAUGCUCGCUUUCGCCGCCGCCGUCCUCCUCCUCUCCCGGUUCCUCGAGUUCCCAACGCCCUCCUCUCCUUUCCCAACCCCGAGCCCUAACCCCAACCCUAACUUCCCCUUCAUCGAUCUCAUCGCCGCCUACAAAUCUUGGGACGCCGAGAUCGGAUGCCCUAGGUUCAGAGACAAGUACAAGAAUUGGACGGCGAAUUCGUCGGCGGUGCAGGAUUUUGAUGGAGGAGGAGAGUGCGAUGGGAUUGGGACGAGGCAUGUUAGCGUGCUGGUCAAAGGGUGGACUUGGAUUCCUGAUAAUUUGGAUAACCUGUACUCGUGCCGGUGUGGGCUGAGCUGUUUGUGGACCAAGUCGAGGGCUCUUGCUGAUCGGCCUGAUGCUUUGCUGUUUGAGAAUGUGAUGCCGCCGUCGACGCGGCGUAAAGGUGAUCCUCUUCGUGUUUACAUGGAUCUUGAGGCUUCUAGGAAACCUUCAGGCUUCGAGGACAUUUUUAUCGGGUAUCAUGCAAAAGAUGAUGUUCAGUCUACAUAUGCCGGUUCCUUGUUCCAUAAUAGUCGAAACUACAACAUAUCACCAGAAAAAAGAAAUGACACCCUAGUUUACUGGUCAUCUUCAAGAUGCCUCCCUGAACGAAACCGACUAGCCAAAAGUUUCCUCUCCUUAAUUCCCCACCAUUCUUUCGGAAAAUGUUUAAACAACGUUGGAGGCCUCGACAUGGCACUUGCCUUUUAUCCAGAGUGUGCCAAUCGUAAGUCUGACAUCCACUGGUGGGACCAUCUCCAUUGUGCCAUGUCACACUACAAGUUUGUCCUUGCCAUCGAAAACACUGCCACAGAGAGCUAUGUGACCGAGAAACUAUACUACGCUCUAGACUCGGGAUCCGUGCCCAUUUAUUUCGGUGCACCAAAUGUGUGGGAUUUCGUUCCUCCCAACUCGAUUAUUGAUGGAUCAAAGUUUAGUUCGAUUGAGGAAUUGUCUUCAUAUGUGAAGAGUGUAGCAAAUGAUCCUGUAGCUUAUGCAGAGUUUCAUGCUUGGAGGAGAUGUGGAGUGAUGGGAAACUAUGGGAAGGCUCGAGCGGCGAGUCUUGAUACUUUGCCAUGUCGGUUGUGUGAGUUUGUUAGUAGGAAAGGGGGGAGGAAUUGGAGAACGUUGUGAAAUGGAGUGAUUUUGAGGUUUUGGUUAUUGGAAGAGUUGCACAUCUUGUAUUCAUUGUAUCCCUCUACAUUUUGGCUAUAAUAUUACCGGAGGUUUAUACAGAUGAUGUUGCCGAGCUUGGAGCUUCAAUUGUUUUGCUGUUGUAGUUACCAUUCAGGGGUCUGUUUCAUGACAAAUCUAACAAGUAACAUCGCUAAGUUCAGAUUUGUAGUCCUUUAUCGUUGGAACUUUAAAAUGACAAAUAUUUUCUGUUUUGUGGAUC